CUGAAUAUUUCUGAUUCCUUACGGCCGUAUACGGCAUAUUAUCUCACUGGCGCGCAGACUAUAUGACUUUAUUCCUACUAAGGGAGUUUUUUUGGGGGAAUGAUUCACUUUUAGACCCAUCCAUGUCUCGGAGAGAGAUAUUGGACUCAGACUGCCAGGCCAGACUCGAAUGGGCAGAUAUACUGUCCACCACAAGAUGUUUCGUCGCAUCUCUAUUUCCUCGUGUUGACCACAGGCUGCAAUAUCUUUUGCUCUCAGCGCCCGGCGCGCAUCCUCAUCUUGGGUCGCCUUGAUGCCCUCUUUGCACCUCCCACUUCGCGAACUGUUAAUAUCUCGAGAUGGAGGGUUUCUCCUUGAUGGAGACACCAUAGUAGCUGCUAGCUCUGGUAUCGAAGAUCAGGAGCACUCUGGGUCAGGGAACGAAGGCUCGCAUCAAAGUCCUUUCCAUAGUCCCGACACACCGGUCUCCGUACAAGCAGACCCGACAGAUGUGCCUUCAUCAGACUUGCCUGCGUCGACUGUGACAUCCACUUCCUCCUCUCUAGCUCAAAGCACCUCGGCGUCCGAGACGCAAUCACAAUUGCAAACCACUCAGACAACGACUUUAACCAGUUCUAUGUCGCCAACACCUUCGACUUCGUCUACUACCUCGUCACCUACAACUACGACUUCGACUCCCUCUUCGUCCUCCAAUAUCAUUUCCACUUCAGAAUCUUCUUAUGUCAACCCCUCAUCAUCAACCGCGGCGGCAUCAGCCACAAACACCACCCUGCCUGACCCUCAUAUCCAGAACGCAUCCGCGCAUCACUCCGUAUCCUUUUGGACAGGGAUAACCUGCGGUGGCAUUGCGGUCAUCGUUAUCUUCUUCGCCCUUCUCUGCUUUUGGCGUCGUGUCCGCUCUCCUCGACGCCGAAAGCGAGAUGAAUGGAUGCCUCCUUCACCGGCCGGUGGUUCAGGAGACUGGUGGGCGCCUGCGUUCAGCAGCAAUGUCGGCGACUCGAAAUUCGGUCGUCCGUCCUCGGCAGCUAAGCGCCCCAGCUUUCUUCGCCGCUUUUAUACCGGCAUUCGUGACCCCCAACCACGUCCCGUCUCCGUCAUUGCUCCUCGUUCUAUCACACACUCCACAUCUAGUUUCGGGGAUGGUCCUUAUCCCGCCGCACGCGUAUCUAGCCAGUCUUCUGCGGAUAGCGAGGACGGAAACCUGGUCGUCGCGAACCUCGCGGACGGUGAUAUUAUGAGCUCGGGAGACGAGGGUAGCAGAGCCUCGAAUGUUGGAACGCCAAGGGAGCAGCAGAUGGAGAUGAGGCCGAGAUAUCUGGGUUUACGCGAUGGAGGUCUUGUCGUUCCUUGGGCCGCACCUGCGCCACCACCACUCGUGCUCCAACCCGCCCGUCAAGAAGAAGGAAACAAGUGGCGCUCCAGGCUUAGGGACUAUCCACCUCGAAACAUCCAGGCAGACAACCAGACAGCCAUCGUCGCUCCUGCGUUUCCUCAGCCUUCAAUUCCUCAAGGACAGGCGCCGGCCGAGGGUAACGGAUGGGGAUGGACGAAUGCUCUCCGCACAAAUAUCGCCGCCGCAUUCAAUACGUUCGCUGGUACUGCCGCGAGCCAGAACUACGAUCCCCCAUCCUCACGUCCCACGUCCAGAUCCAACUCUCUUUUCGGUCCUCGACGUCAGCCCUUGUCUCGUGGAUCGUCGCACAAGCAAUCUUCCUUGGAGAGUAGUCGCACCGGCGCAGUUUUCACUAAUAUCGAGUUGACACCUACCAAAUUGGGCUCAAACACGACGGGAAGUGGAGACUACUUCAGUGUAUCGAGAUCGAGCUCUCACUGCCCAAACCCCUUCGAUACGCCCUCGUCAUCCAAAACCUCACCAAGUGCAGACCUCGUCCGACCACCUCCGCCGGCCUUGUCCAAAGAGGACUACGUCAGCCUUUCCCGGUCGAGUAGUCACUGCUCAGGUCCUCGUCGGAUGCCUCGAAAUCGGGCGGCCUCUCGUUCUCGCCGAACAUCUCGUACGCGUACCAGUAGCAGCGAGUCGGACGACGAUACUAUCCCUCCCGUUCCGGCUCUUCCUCCACACGUCAAUCCAGCUCCUUACGCCUCCGCCACACCAGCGCGACCGACGCUUUUGCCGAGGCACUCUUCCAUGUCCGCAUUCAGUAUGUCUGUGGGGAGCGACAUGUCCAGGACUUCGAGCCUUGCGACGAUCAAGAUUGGGAAGUUGACGGAGAAGGAGGAGAAGGCGAGAAGAGCAUUGAGGGAGAGGAGAAAGAAGAGUCUUGGAGUUAAAUUUGAGUGGGAGUGGCAGGGGAAAAAGGCACCUGAAGGGGUGAAUGUUGCACGCGCGGUCUGAGGCAAUCGGGCUAUCGGCACUAUUGUCUCUUACUUAUGUACGACUGUGGCCUCGUUUCAUACCAUCUCUUUCUCUUAGUGAAAACGAGUUCGGGGCUGUAUCUUGUAGACAUAACGCUACGAACUGGACGUCCGAAUAAACUUGUUCAACCUUCAUGCGGGGGUAGCCCACUCCUUCUCCGGUUGCAG